CUGCGGAGCGGAGGGGGAGGAGGCGGUAGAGGGGGAGGGGGAGAGGCGCCCGCGCCGGGCAUUUCCUGGAAGUGGGUCUUGUGAGUUCAUUAGCUCUUGCUUUGGAGGUAGUGAGGGCCGAGGAAGAACCUUGACUGGACCCGCGCCACCACUGCGGCCUUUAAACCCACCCCUGCCCUGCUGGUGCACUCGGAUCCAGAGGCAAUACGACUCAUGGCUGCGCCGGGCUGCGCCAGGCUGAGGUGGGCGCUGCUGGGGAUGCGAGCGGCCGGCGGUGGGCUGUGCCCACACGGGGCCAGAACCAAGGCCGCGAUCCCUGCUGCCCUCCCCGCAGAUAAGGCAGCGAAGGCUCCCGGAGCCGGGCCUGGAGGCGGGCGGCAACUGCGAAACCCAAAGGAAAUUCCAAAUGUUGGGCAGCUGCGCCUCUUCUUUCAUCUGUUCCUGCAAGGCUAUGCUCUGCGCCUGCACAAGCUCCAGGUGCUGUACAGGGCCAAGUAUGGUCCAAUGUGGAUAUCCCGCUUAGGGUCUCAGAUACAUGUGCACGUGGCCAGUGCCCCGCUGGUGGAGCAAGUGAUGCGGCAAGAGGUCAAAUACCCAAUACGGAAUGACAUGGAGCUAUGGAAGGAGCACCGGGACCUGCAGGGUCUGGCCUAUGGACCCUUCACCACAGAAGGACAGCAUUGGUACAAGCUGCGCCAGGCUCUGAACCAGCGAUUGCUGAAGCCAGCUGAGGCUGCGCUCUAUACAGAUGUUCUCAAUGAGGUGGUUGAUGACUUUAUGGCUCGACUGGGCCAGCUGCGGGCAGAGAGUGCCACAGGGGAUCAUGUACCAAACAUGGCUCAGCUCUUCUACUACUUUGCCUUGGAAGCUAUUUGCUACAUCCUGUUUGAAAAACGUGUGGGCUGCCUGAAGCAAUCCAUCCCCGAGGACACUGAGGCCUUCGUCAGAUCUGUUGGGCUAAUGUUCCAGAAUUUGGUCUAUGCUACCUUCCUCCCCAAGUGGACCCGUCCCCUGCUGCCCUUCUGGAAGCGGUAUCUGGAUGGUUGGAACAUCAUCUUCUCCUUUGGGAAGAAGCUGAUUGAUCAGAAACUCAAGGAGGUGAAGGCCCAACUACAGGCAGGGGAGACAGAUGGGGCACAGGUGUCUGGCUACCUGCAUUUCCUGCUGUCCAGUGGGAAUCUCAGCCCUCAAGACGCCCUGGGCAGCCUGCCUGAGCUGCUUAUGGCUGGAGUGGACACGACAUCCAACACGCUGACAUGGGCCCUGUACCACCUCUCAAAGAACCAAGAGGUCCAGGCAGCCUUGCACAAGGAAGUGGUGGGCGUGGUGCCAGCUGGGCAGGUGCCCCAGCACAAGGACUUUGCCCACAUGCCCUUGCUCAAAGCUGUGCUUAAGGAGACUCUGCGCCUCUACCCUGUGGUCCCCACAAACUCCCGGGUCUUCGUGGAAAAGGAAGUUGAAGUUGAUGGCUUCUUAUUCCCCAAGAAUACCCAGUUUGUGUUGUGCCACUAUGUGGUGUGCCGAGACUCCAACACCUUCUCUGAGCCUGAGAGCUUCCAGCCCCACCGCUGGCUGAGGAAUAGCCAGCCUGAUAGCCCCAGGACUCAACACCCAUUUGGCUCUGUACCCUUUGGCUAUGGGGUCCGGGCCUGCCUGGGUCGCAGGAUUGCAGAGCUGGAGAUGCAGCUACUGCUGGCGAGGCUGAUGCAGCACUACCAAGUGGUCCUGGCCCCAGAGACAGGGGAGGUGGAGAGUGUGGCCCGUAUCGUCUUGGUUCCCAAUAAGAAGGUGGGCUUGUGUUUUCUGCAGAGACAGUGCUGAGCUGGGCCUCUGAGUUCCUGGACCUUGUCUCAGAGGCUCCAGCCCUGGCACAGUAGCCACUGCUGUGUCUCCAAUGAAGAGAGAAAGAAAGAGGUUGCCAGACUCAAGAGGAUGGAAGAACUCCAUGCACUUCCCAGAAUCCUGAGCUUUUGCCACUUUUGUCAUUUUGAGCACCUCCCUGUGACAUAAAAUGUCACAUCUUUAUUGCAUUGCUGUCCUUGGGCACAAUAUGGAAUAAAGGAACUUCUAUUAAUUAUA